UGCCAUGGUGGCAGAAUAACUCUGCACCGUCACAACGGUCCCUGCGAAUCGCCGCCCGCCGCUGUGACACAAGGAUGUAUGUUUUGUUUUAUUUGGGAUAAGCGGGUUUCAUGGUACCCGGUUUGGAAAGUUGCUCCAGAACUCCUCCUCCUCCUCCUCCUCGCUGUUUGCAUCCCCUGGUUGGGUUGUUGUGGGUUCUGGGAACCAGCAAAGCUUUGCUGCUUGCAGCUGCGAACACUAUCAGAUCCACGAUGCUGAGAAGAGGAUGAGUCCCCCAGGUCACCUGAGACACCCACGCGUCCUCGCUGCCGUCCAUCCCCGGCGUCCCACCCGGGACGGAUCAUCAUCCGCCUGCCUGCGCUCCCCCCCUUGCCCGCCCGCCUCUCGCCGGUCCCGGAGGCGAGCCCGCCCGUGUAAAUAUGCCCGGAUGGAGGUCUCAGUGGCGCCUGGUCCUGCUGAACUCCCUGGCUUGCGGGCUGGAGAUCUGCGUGGCAGCCGGGAUCACCUACGUGCCCCCCUUGCUGCUGGAAGCGGGGGUCCAGGAGCGCUACAUGACCAUGGUGCUGGGUAUCGGCCCCGUGCUCGGCCUCCUGUUCAUCCCUCUGAUUGGCUCUGCCAGUGACCAGUGCCACAGCAGCUACGGCCGCCGCCGACCUUUCAUCUGGCUGCUGUCUUUAGGGGUCCUCCUGGCGCUAUUCAUCAUUCCCAACGCCGACGUACUGGCGGCGCGUUUCGCCUGGGGAGGCCGCACCUUCCAGGUGGGCUUCCUCAUCUUCGGGGUGGGCCUCCUGGACUUCUGCGGACAGGUGUGCUUCACGCCGCUGGAGGCUCUUUUGUCGGACCUGUACAAGGACGAGGAGGACUACGGCCAGGCCUUCGCCAUGUUCUCCUGCAUGGUCAGCCUGGGCGGCUGCGUGGGCUACCUGCUGCCCGCGCUGGACUGGAGUCGCGGCGUGCUCUCUGCCUACCUCGGAGGCCAGGCCGGGUGCCUCUUCUCCCUCCUCGCCGGCAUCUUCGUCUGCAGCGUGCUCACCACCAUGAGGGUGUCCGUGGAACCCUCGCGCGCCAUCGGCGGCAGCUCUGGGGCGGCGGCGGCAUCGCCGUUGUCGUCCGGGUCUCUGCUGGAGCCGGGGGCCGGCGCCAUGGAGGCCGGCCAGUGCGGCGUGCCGCGCUCGUGCUGCUACCUGCUGAAGGGCAAACUGAGGUGGCUGAAGUCCGGGCCUUUGCUCUGCCUGCUGAGGACAUGCUGGUCCAUGACCCCGGUCAUCUACAGGAGCUACUGCCACGUCCCGCGCGUCAUGAGGCGGCUGUGCGCGGCGCAACUGUGCAGCUGGAUCGCCGUCAUGUCCUUCAUGCUUUUCUACACAGACUUUGUGGGGGAAGGGCUGUACGAUGGCGUGCCCAGCGCAUUGCCAGGAAGUGUGUCCAAGCAGAGAUACGCCGAAGGUAUCCGUAUGGGCAGCAUGGGCCUGUUCCUGCAAUGUGCUACCUCAACCUUCUUCUCGCUGAUCAUGAGUCGUUUGGUUCGCCACUUUGGCUUCCGCUGGGUCUACAUGAGCAGCAUGGUGAGCUUCACAGUCUCUGCUCUGGUCAUCUGCCUGUCCAAAAGCGUGCUCCUGGUCACUAUCAUGACGUCCCUCACUGGCUACGCGUACGCCACGCUGCAGUCUCUGCCCUACACGCUCACCUGUAUGUACCACAAGGAGAAGGAGGUCUAUAUGCCGAAAAGGAAAACCCAAAGCUUGCAUAAAAACGGUGUCACAAGCAAGCGGGACCCUGCGUAUUUGACCCCUGGCAAGGAGGAGGGCAGAUUGACCCACAUGGCAGGGUCUCCCUACGAGCAUGCCUUCUUCGGCCAGCCGCACGGCCCGAACGGCUCAACUAACAGCUGCGGCGGCGAACAGGAGGAGGUUGACUCGGGUCGUGAGAAACGCGGCGUGGGUUUGGACUUUGCCAUCUUGGACAGCACCUUCCUCCUCUCUCAGGUUUUCCCCACCCUGUUCAUGGGCACGAUCGUUCAGUUCGCGCAGUCCGUCACCGCCUACAUCGCCUGCUCCGCCGUCUUCGGCACCGUCGCCAUCUACCUGGCCAGUCGGAUCGUCUUUGAGCAGAAGGACCUCAAAAACUGAGACUCAAACUGAGACUCGUGACGCAAAAACCAUCUGGAGAGCGACGGUGUCGCAGGAAGGACGUAAUGGAUCAGUCGGGCUCCAUGAGGCGGAAACCCAACGGUGCACCACGAUGCCUCGCUUGCUCAAGCACAGUGUGUCUGCACUUGUGAGCGCGCUGUGUUGGGGAAGUGCCUGUCGGGUUAUGAUGGAAAGGGGUUUCCGUGAUGUGGUGUCAGGAAUUGACCCCAACAUACAAAACAUUUUUGUUUUGAUAUCUGUUUUAAUUUGUAUCCAUACACAUCUCUUUCCUCAGGUACAACAAAUAGGUUUACUGUCGAAUUCGUCAUCAUCUUAUAUGCGCCUUCUGAGCGUCCAUUGGGUUUUUUAAUGAUUUUAUCCUGUUAACUUCACAUGUGGGUAGUACAGUCUUUUUUUAACACCCGUCAACAUAUUAAACACAGCGUUGUCUUGGAAGAGGAGCGAGCGAGCGAGCGACCAGGUACCUCACCACUAGAUUCCGCCAAAUCCUACUACACGACCCUUUUAAGUGCCAACCCCUUUUAAACACUGCCCUCAGUUUUAAUGGCAGUUUUCCUUUCCACUGAGUGAAUACCAAGCAUACCUCAAGGUAAGGCAAGGACCUUCAUGGAUACCCCUUUAAAGAUUCAGUUGUACCCCCUCCUCCCCCAUCUAGUGCCAUCUAUAAAUUAAUGUUUACAGUUUAACUGUAAAUGUUUUGUUAUACAAAUUUACAGUAUAUCCCUAUGGGAGUUCUGUUAUGCAACCUUUUGAGGUGAGAUUAUAUGGGGAUGUAAAAAUGAAACCGUUUACUGGAAACAUUCAAAUCAAGGGACUUCUGUCUCACCAAGAAUAAUCUAUUCUAGUUGUCCAACUAUGCUCCUGAUCAGGACAGUCGUCUCAGGUUAGUACAUUGUUUGUGUUUCAUCCUGUCCUUUUUAAGCCACUGGUAAAAAAAAAAAUACUUUUUUCUUUUUUUAAUUGUUCCCUGCUGCCUUCAUGUUUUAUAGUAUUCUCAAAUGACAAUCCACCACAUCCGGGCGGGCUUUUUGCAUAAUGCUGUCAUGUAAACAUGUCGGGGGAUGUUUGAGGGAAGCUUGCUUCAUUGAACCUAUUCAUGGAAGACCAAAAGUAAAGUGAAGUAAAUAUUGGGUUACUGAAAAAUGGUGUGAGUUGACACUGUAUAUUGAUGGUAGCAGAUUUGGAGUGUGUGCUUGCGUGUGUGUGUCUGUGUAGGGGGGGGGGGGUUGAUGGUGUGGGAAAGCGGAAAGAGGGACAGUGAGGAAAUGGUAUAUUUUUAAAAGUGGUGACGUGAGGGUGUGAAUGUGUUGAUUCUUUUCCCCCCACACCAGUCCGUAUGAGCUGUGUGGACGUCACCACGGCCCGGGUUAACUAUGCGUCAUAUUGCAACGUGGCCUUCAGUUUUUCAACUUUUAAAAGCGGUCGAAUUGGUCGAACCACCGCGCUCGUUUCCUAACGCAAAGGGAAUUCAUCCGAGCAUCUUCUGUCCUGCUCGAGAUGAAUUGCUUAAAACCGUCCUGCAGGACCUCGCUGCCUGAGGAGUGCUCCGCACGAGAGAAGUGAACGCGGCGCAGGGUUUGUUUGUCAGGUCGACGCCGCGGCAGCACAAGACACUCGAGCCAUGCGUUCUCCUUUUCCCCCAAAAAACGUGGCUCCCCAAGUUUGGUCGAGUAGCUGAAAUGUCCUAAAGAAGGUUGUUUUACAAGUGCCUGUACAUUUUUCAAACUUUUUUUGUACAUACGGAUUUAUUUAUUAUGCUUUUAUUACUAAAUUUGCACCUAUUAAACUAUUGGGCUCGUCUCUUUGGUGCGAGAACGAAGGCUGUUUCUGUGAAUAAGAAAAAUGAUUUGCAUAGAUGUGCUAUAGAAGCAUCAGCAAGCAUAAUUUAUUUUAUCAUUACCUGCUUUAUCCUGUAACUUUGUUAGCAUCUCUGGGUGAAUGCCGCUAUAACUCAAUUCCUUUCACACUACUUCUUUCUGAUUUGUCUUUACUACCUGGUGUAGUUGACAAUACUGCCUCAUCUGGGUCACAUGUAACCGUGUAUUUCUUCUCAUCCAGGAGCUGUAGUUGAGUUAAACUUAAACAUAUAAACACACAACAAAUAUUUCACUGAUCGGAGGGAAUUGUUUUCAGACCCUGUUGCGCUAAACCAAAUGUCUUUUUUAAUUUCACACAAAACAAGUGCCAAUGGUCCGACUAUGUUGAGGCCACAAGUCGAUGUGAUCGAUCAGGUUUUUUUCAAAUCCGUUUUUCGGUCACGUGUGUUAUCGUCAUGAAUGCGGUGAAUUAAAAGGGUGUGUGACAUUUUCAUUAUACAUCCAUCGAAUGCUGUAUGAAUAUGCAGUUAGCAAAUAGAUUUCAUACAAAAUAAAAGAACUGCAUUGUUAA